AGAAAGAACUCAUUGAGCCCACCAUUCUCAGAUGCAGCAGCAGUAGCCAAUGGAUUCAGUUCAGUUCAUUUGGCACGCUCUCAAGCAGAAGGCCAGCACUCUGUUUGCAUUAAAUCCACUUCUUCUCCCCUGAAACCAAGCCCACCUUACAACUCUCUCUCUCUCUCUCUCUUUAUCGCUCCCUGAGGUUGUGUUGUGGGUCGCCUCACCACCCCCUUGCUUUCUUCUCUGAACCAAAUACCACUCUCUUCUACCUCUCUCCCCAUGCAAAUCCUAUUCAAGGAAUAAGCUGUGAGGAAAACCAAGCACAUACUUGCAGACAGUGGCUGAUCAUAAAAUAACCUUCAUGGAUUCCGUUCCUUCUUCCCCUUCUUCGUCACCGUCGUCAUCCUGUGGUUCUCUGAACGCUGCCGAUAUCUAAGCAGUUUCGCUGGUUGCAUCCCCCACCCUCGCCCGCCCCCGCCCUCGGAUGCCGGAGAUUGGAGAAGAAGGGAGAGGUAGAGGGGGGGUGAUGUUUUCUCUGAGACCGAGGUUCUUCGUCGAGGAAGGCUAUGACGAGGCCCGCCACUUCUUGGACUCGUGCUUCCUCUGCAAGAGACCCCUCUCCCGGAACCGCGACGUCUUCAUGUACAGAGGAGACACACCAUUCUGCAGCGUGGAGUGCCGGCAAGAGCAGAUCGAGAUGGACGAGGCCAGGGAACAGAAGUUGAAGCUUUCUUUAAAGAAUUCUUCGACAAAGGAGCAGCAGAACGCAUCAAAAACCAGCGCGAUCAACAGCCCACCGAAGUCCCAGAAGAUCCAUGUCAAAGCCGGUACCGUUGUUGCCAGCUAAUAGUCCUUUCAAGCGAUCAAACAAGUAGUAGUUAAGGAUCUGCACGCGAAUGGAAGAAAACUCACUGAAGGAAAAAGAACACCAAAAAGAAAAAAAGAAAUCUUUUCUCUUAAUUUUGCAUGCGCAGGACCAAGAACAAGAGUUGUGUAUCAUGAUGAUGGUUUGCUAAUAUGAAGUUGGCACCGUGCAGUAAAUCUUUUGUUGGACGAUCGGCAGGAAGCCUUUAAAUGUCCUUCUUCUGUGUGUCUAUGUGAUGUUCUCCUUCUUGUCUUCAAACAUAUGAAAUCAACAAAUACUGUUUAAUUUGC